AUGACUGAAGUUACUUGGCAUUUCAUUCUCCCGUACAUUGAACUCACCGCCUAUACCACCCAGCGUCUGUUCAGAAAGCCUAACAAGCGGUACGCCGGCGCUACCGACUACGCGCUAUCAUAUCCAGAAGCGUCCGACACGCCUUAUCUCAGCAUGCCACACGUCCCAUUCCCCCUCGACUACCACCAGACGCUGCUCUCUCUCCUCGAUGUUCUCUCCGAAGUGUACAACAAGAUAUCCAAGAUCCUCGGCCCGUCGCCUUUUCCAAAUGCGGGGCAACAUAUGAUGGGCCCGCUGGGGCUGCUCUCUCCACAUCCGGGCGUGUCGUACUUAUUCACGGGUAUCGAUGCGGCAACGACACAUGAGGGCGAGAGCAGUUUGUGGGGCAUAGCGCACGCUGCCGGCUCAGGCACACCGGCCGCGCUUGGAGGAGGCAACGUGAUGUACGGUGGCGCAUUGGGCAGUCCGCCACCGAGCUGGAACUCUGCGCUCGGUGACACAGUGAAGCAGAUUGACAAUAAGCUGAAGAAACUGAUCGCGAUGCUGCUGAAGGAGCUCGACGAUUUUGCGCGGGCAGGCAUCAAGGACGAGCUCGCGUCAUUGGAUCCCCUUCUGCGCAACGUGUCCGUGCCGGAGGAUCCGCGCGAACAGUAUGAGAUUGAAUUGACGCACGGCGUCCCUGGCGCGAGCCUGUGCGACACGCCACGAAACAGGCAUCAUGGGGCGGGCUUCUCGCUUCCCACCAGGCCACUCAACUUGCUGGCAGAGGGCUUCUAG